AUGCGUGUGGCGCAAUGGCGUACCACCACCGGCAGUAUCGAGAAAAACCUCAAGCUCGUCACCAACGCACCACUUCCCAAGACUGCCUCUUCACUUCCCAAGGGCUGCACGCUCGUGAAAGUGGCCUACGCCUCCAUCAACCACGACUAUAAGCUCGCCGAACUUCCCCUCGUCAACCGCAUCUUCCCCAACCCAGCGAUCCCCGGAGUGGACUACUCGGGCACCGUUGUCGCAACAACUCUCACCACACUGCAACUUGGCCAGCGCGUCUUUGGAAGGACAGAGAUGCACAAGUGUGGCACGCUGGCCGAGUACGUCGUGAUAGGAAAAUCAGGCAUCGCAUCGGUCCCCGCCGACGUAUCGUUGAAGGAUGCCGCGUGUGUCGGUAUAUGUGGUGUAACGGCAAUGCAAGCACUUUCUCCCUUCGUGAAGGAGGGAGACACGGUCUUGAUCAACGGAGGCAGCGGUGGCACCGGGACGUUCGCUAUUCAAGUUGCUAAGGCUCUAGGCUGCGCCCGAGUUGUUGCCGUCUGUUCGGGGCGGAAUGCCGACUUCUGCCGGAGUCUUGGAGCUGAUGAUGUGAUUGACCACAAAAAUGGUGACCUGGUAGACACGCUCAGGAGACAAGGGGAACAGUUUGAUCACAUACUGGAUACGAUGUUUCUGAAUACGGAGCUGUAUUGGCAAAGUCACCAUUAUCUCGUCCCCAACGGGACCUACGUGGCGAUUGGUUUGCCUUUGACAGCCCAUACAUUCAAGACUUUGAUUUCGAUUCAUUUUCUCCCAAGGCUCUUUGGAGGCGGAAAGAGAAGGUUCAAGUUCCAUUCAGUAUUCGCAAACCCGGAGCACUCACUACAGGUGGCCAGAUGGAUUGAGGAAGGCAAAGUCAAGCCGGUGAUCGAGGAUGUCUUUGGCUUAGGGGACGCAGGCAAUGCUUAUGCGAGGAUCAAGAGCGAAAAAGCAGCUGGAAAGGGGGUUAUCGCAAUUGGUGGCGACGGUGGCACUGCGAUAUGA